AUGAUAUGGAGGGGAUUGGAACACCUGAAUCACAUGAUAUGGAGGGGAUUGGAACACCUGAAUCACAUGAUUGGGAGCGGAUUGGAACAUCUGAAUCACAUGAUAUGGAGGGGAUUGGAACACCUGAAUCACAUGAUAUGGAGGGGAUUGGAACACCUGAAUCACAUGAUAUGGAGGGGAUUGGAACACCUGAAUCACAUGAUAUGGAGGGGAUUGGAACACCUGAAUCACAUGAUUGGGAGGGGAUUGGAACACCUGAAUCACAUGAUAUGGAGGGGAUUGGAACACCUGAAUCCCAUGAUAUGGAGGGGAUUGGAACACCUGAAUCACAUGAUAUGGAGGGGAUUGGAACACCUGAAUCAUAUGAUAUGGAGGGGAUUGGAACACCUGAAUCACAUGAUAUGGAGGGGAUUGGAACUCCUGAAUCACAUGAUAUGGACGGGAUUGGAACACCUGAAUCACAUGAUUGGGAGGGGAUUGGAACACCUGAAUCACAUGAUUGGGAGGGGAUUGGAACACCUGAAUCACAUGAUUGGGAGGGGAUUGGAACACCUGAAUCACAUGAUUGGGAGGGGAUUGGAACACCUGAAUCACAUGAUUGGGAGGGGA